AUGGGCUGCGGGGUGUCUCACCUGCCUCCCAACGCCUCCGAGGCGAGGCCGCUUCACAAGUCGAUGGAAAUCGUGCCCUGCGCCGACAAAUGUACCAAUCGCUUUCCUGCCCACCCGACACAAAUUGCGGAGGAAGCGCACGAGAAUGGCAUCUCUUCAGGUCGCCCGUCGGCUGAUGAAGGAUCCGUGAGCAGCACUGACUCACCGCCGCCCCGUUUUUCGGUUUCCCAUGACGUGGCCGGUGGUGACGGCCGCGCCGAUGCUUCCAUUCAGGUCUGUAGCGGGAGUGAUGGUAAGCAUGGCGUGAACCCUGCCCUUGAGUGGAGGCGUUCCGCCUCACCCGUGCCUGGUCUCUCGGAAUACGCAACUCUCUCACUGCGCCACGUGCACAAGAAGUUGAAACACAAUCAUCGUGUGUUUAGAAUAUGUCUCACAGGUGGUCCUUGUGCGGGGAAGUCGACGUUUCUCACGCAACUGCAGGCGAAAAUGCCGCAGCGCACAGGGUACAAAGUAUUUUGUGUCCCAGAGGCGGCGACAUUGCUUGUAACGGGCGGUAUGGAGUGGAGCGGAGACCUCAUUGAGGAGCAGCAGCUGGCACUUCUCCGCGUGCAGAUGGCGCUUGAGGAUCAGUUCUACAGCGUGGCCAUGGCUUGUGGGGCGCCAAGUAUUGUCAUUUCUGACCGUGGAACGAUGGAUGGAAGCGCCUUUUGCUCCAAAGAUGUUUUUGCACGCAUUGGAAAACGUCUGAAUGUGUCGAUGGAGAUGCUGCGCGAUCGCUACGAUGCGGUCAUUCACCUUGUGACUGCUGCCUGUGGUGCCAGGGAGUACUACAACCUGGACAACCCCGCCCGCUACGAAGGCAUUGAGGAGGCCGUGGAGUCGGACAAGAAGCUGCGGCAGGUCUACGUUGGCCACCCCAUGCUGCGGAUUAUUGACAAUUCUACGACGUUUGAAGAAAAGAUAGAGCGAGGGCUAGCGCUGGUCGGACAGAUUAUUGGGCAGAAGUUUUCAAUGCGUAACACGUCCUAUUAUUUGCUAAGUCACUGCCCGAAGGAGUUGCCAGUGAAGAGCGUCGCAUCUGCACUCACCAUCACGGUGUUGUGCAACAGCCACAUUAAUGACAUUCGGCUCCUUAUUCGACGAGAACAUCCCUCGGGAGAGUGCAUGUACUUCUUUAACUCCAUUCGAAGUAUGGACAAGCGUAGCCCCAGUCGGCAAAGCAUAGGGUCGGAGGGCAGCUUCAUGCGAGACGCCUCCACUGCGCCACAGGUGGAAAUUCAGGCCGUGCAAAGCGCCUUUAUGGGCACCAUGGACGCCGAUCAGCGCGCCAAGAACGAGCAACGUAUCAGCAGUCGAGAGUAUGCCAUUCUGAUGCGGCACCGCGACACACAAAGACGGGAUGUCGUCAUGAAUGCUGUUCAGUUUAUCCACGACGAUGCCAGGUACGAAGUAACCACCAUUCUGGAGCCGUCCUGGGCCGCAGGAAAGCAGGCAUUGACGCUUGAGUGCGACGACCAGGAAAGGGAGACGUUUCCUUCGUUUCUUGUGGUGGACCGCGAGGUGCCGAUUGACAGCCUGUCCACCGCCUUCCUGAUAGCACACACAGAGAUGGGGCCACUUUACACGUCGCUUGCCUACGCGCCGGUGUUUACGCGUGGCCUCCGCACGAGGGGAGCAUGCGCCGAUACUGAGGGCAGCCGUACCCACAACAACAGCAGUGGUGGUGAGGAUGGCCAACGAACCCCACAGAAGUUGAGGCGACAUGCUGAAGAUGAAGUGGAUUCGAACAAAAAGACAGUGAAGCGGAAAAAAAAGAAGCACCACGCCAAGCGCACUACUGCGGAUGAUGGGGAAGCGUCGUCGUUGUUGCAGACGCCAGAUGAGACCGUGGAAGUCACUGCCAAAGUGGAGGAGACCGUUGAGGUGGAGAAAGGUUCUCCGAAUCGUCUCAAGCGGCCCUUACUUGGCCCAAUUAACGACCUGCCGGCACCACCAACGCCACCGAUACCUCCUCCUCGUCUUCCUAGCGGCCCGCCCACUGCAAACCCUCGCGGAGCCAUAGCGAGUAUGCACUGA